AUGUCCGGCUUUGACCUCUGGACCCACGAGUUUUGCCUCGGCUGCGACAAGCAGACUGACGGCACCGCCUACUGCUCCGAAUCCUGCCGCCUUGCCGACUUUGAGAAGACGUCGACGCCCAGCUCGGUUGCCAGCUCACCCGGCCUCAACGCCCCGUCUUACCCUUGGGGAUCGAGGCAACAAGCCAACAACUUGUACCUCUCGCCCGCCUACGACUUUACCAACGCUCAGCCGUACGGUAGCACGCCCGUCAGACAACCCUACUUGUCCUCGCCGAGGACGACAUCGACCCGCCGCACCCUGACUUCGUCGAGCUCGAACUCGAGCCUCUGCUCGAUGCAGAGCACCACUUCCUCCAACACGGAAGCCAGCCAUCUGUCAGAAAAGGCCAAGAGGGAACUGCAGGCAUACGCAGUGUCGUUCGAGCAAGCCCGGCUCCAGCGCCGACGAUCAGCUUGA